AUGGCGGCGCCCUGUCUGCGCACCGUGGGCUCUCUCACAACAAGAUGUGGACUCUGCUGCAGAAAUAUCAAUAGAAUCUCCUCUCAUGUGGGCGCACAGAUGGUCCAAAGGCCCUUCAGUGCGAGUUCGUCUGUGCACAAGAAGAACCAGGCUCCUGCGGGGCCAGAGAAGCACACGCCUGAGUUCAUCCAGAAGCAGGUGCAGGAGUACAACAUCGGCAAGAGGCACCUGGCCAACAUGAUGGGGGAGGACCCAGAGACUUUCACACAGGAAGAUGUAGAUAGAAGCAUCGCCUACCUGUUCCCCUCUGGACUGUUCGAGAAGAAGGCUCGUCCAAUCAUGAAGCACCCGGAUGAAAUAUUUCCCAAGCAACGGGCUAUCCAAUGGGACGCAGAUGGCCGGCCGUUCCAUUUUCUGUUCUACACGGGCAAGCAGUCCUACUACUCCCUCAUGCACGAGUUGUACGGAAAAGUCCAGGGCGUGGAGCGGUACCAAGAGCGCAUGAGAGCGAAGGGCCUCUUCAACAGUACCGACCAGAUGAUUUCACUUGGGAGCAGCCGGUGGUUAACCAGAGAGGAGCUGGAGGAGCAGUUACUAGAGACCAUCUCCAUAGAGAAUUACACUCGCCUGAUCCAGCUGAUGGAGCGGCUCCUGACCAUGCCCUACUGCGCCACGGAGGAGGAGUUCGUCGCGCGUUUCCGACACAAACUGGACGCUCAGGCGACCAAUCAGAUGGUGCCGCCGCUGCAGACGGACGAACACGGAGUGGCCUUCAGCACAGCGGAAGGACGCAGGAAGUCGUCCACCUGCUCCGUGCGUCUCCAAGACUCUGGCUCUGGUCACAUCUCCAUCAACGGCCUCGACUACAUCCUCUACUUCUCUGUGCUCCAGGACCGAGAGCAGAUCAUGUUCCCGUUCCAGUUCACCAACACGCUGGGCCGCUUUGACCUGCACGCCACUGUGGAAGGAGGGGGGAGGGCCGGCCAGGCGGGGGCGCUGCGGCUCGCCAUCUCCCGCGCCCUGCUCAGCUUUCUGCCCAAGGGAGACGUGGAGAACCUCCGACAGGCUGGCCUGUUGACCCCUGACCCCAGAGUGAGGGAGAGGAAGAAGCCGGGUCAAGAGGGAGCAAGGAAGAAGUUCACCUGGAAGAAACGCUGA